AUGUCCAAAUGGUCAGCUCAGGACAGGGAUGAGGGCCUCAAGGAGUUUCCGGAAAUUGUUCCCAGCCAGGGUGUCCACUGGGACCUGAAGCUUGUGCUCAGCAGUGGAGGGGGUGUGGAAGAUGAGGCUCCUCCCAGAAUUGUGCUCCCCACGCCAAAGCCAACCCCAAUGCAGCAGUCUUGGAAUACAUCACUCCAGGCUCUCCUGGAGCAGCUGACACAUCGCAGUAACGCUUCUCCAGAAGUCAGGGUCUGCUGCUUCCAGCGGGGAUGGGAAGGCAAGCCGGGAGCAGCUGAAACGGCCCCUGUCUCCUCCGACUUCACAGACCCAGGGCAGGCGGCCUGCUCGAUGGAGGCCCAUCGAAAGGGCUGUCAAGCGCAGCGCUGCGAUUCCCAGCCGGAGCAGAGAAGGUGGUUUGUUAACGAUGUGGGCCUUACACCCGAAGCCUCUACAGAUACUGCCUACCUGAAACGGACCUUGAGUCAGAUCCUACGAAAACCAGGAGAAGCGCCUGACCGAGAGCACCCUGGAGAGGAGGCAAAAAAAGAUGAGUCACCACUGCUCAGCGGGAAAGCUGCUGGCAUCUCCGUCAGGGAAAGGCAGGGGAAGGAAGAGGCAGCGUGUGAAAGAGGUAGUGGCCCUUCUCCCACUACGUUCUCCAGCCUCUGGAAGGUGCGGCUUCUUGGCUCCCCCCUGGUCUGGGAAAUGGUUCCUGAAGCCCAAGGCUUCCGAGAGAAGGGGAUGGGGAGCAGGGUCACCAGCAGCAGCGCCUGCCCCAGACCCAGCUCCAUUUUAAUUCUGACAGGCAAAGAGUUGACCGGAGACUCCAAGUUAACACCUUUCAUGCCAGAUGGUGACUGGAUCUCCGCUGGCUCCAUGAAGCUCAGAACCAAAAUGGUUUUGAAAAGACCUGAACCAGCGGGUAUCCCGCAAUCCGGAGGGAGCCGGAAGAGGCGGGGUUUCACGCGCCCCGGGACGCCAUCUUGGCUGAGUUGGCCGGAAGUGGCCCUGCGAGCCGGCGUGCGGGCGCGGACUGAGGCUGCGCGGCGGUCGCGCCGCAGGUUCGGCGUUGGGUGCGUUGCGGCAACUGUCCCGAGCCUUUUGCGGUGCCGUCCAGCAGCCGCAAAGCCCCGUCUAUCACCUCUCUUAGUCCUCCUCCUGCCGCCCCAGCCACUGUCCAACCCCUCCGCCGGGGUUGGCGCAGCGGCUUGCACACCCCUCGGCCUGGGUACGCGCUCUGCAUCUGCCUGCCCGAAAACAUGUUGCAGAAAUCCGAGAGCGGGGGGUCUCCCCAUCCCUCAGGCCGAGGGGAAGAAGGAUGGCGGCCAUGACGGUGAGACCUAGGCCCUGACCGCCUCGCAGGAGGAGGCCCCGAGCCCCCUCCUGCAGGAGCGCCCCAGCGACCUUGGCGCUGUCAGGGAGGAGGGGGCUGCGGAGCCUGCCUUCAUCCCGAAAGGCGGGAGUCUUGCCUGGCGCAGGGCCUGCCGCCGUCUGGAUCGGACGGUGUCCGAGUUGGUGCAGUUCCUGCUCGUGAAGGACAAGAAGAAGAGUCCCAUUACUCGUUCCAAGGUAGUGAAAUACGUUAUCGGACACUUGAAGAAUCUGUUCCCCGAAAUCAUCGCAAGGGCCGCAGAGCAUCUGCGGUAUGUGUUUGGUUUCGAGCUGAAACAGCUUGGCUGCAGGCACCACACUUACAUCUUGAUCAACAAACUAAAACCUCUUGAGGAGGAGGAGGAGGAUCUGGGAGGAGAUGGCCCCAGAUUGGGUCUCUUAAUGAUGAUCUUGGGCCUUAUCUACAUGAAAGGUAAUAGCGCCAGGGAGGCUCAGGUCUGGGAGAUGCUGCGUCGGUUGGGGGUGCGUCCCUCAGAGUAUCGCUUCCUCUUUGGGUACCCGAAGAGGCUUAUUGUGGAAGAUUUCGUGCAGCAGCGAUACCUCAGUUACAGGCGGGUGCCUCGCACCAAUCCACCGGAUGAAUUCUCUUGGGGUUCCCGAAGCCUGGAAACCAGCAAGAUGAAAGUCCUGGGGUUUGUGGCCAAGCUCCUUAAGAAAGAACCGCAGAGCUGGCCAGUGCAGUACCGUGAGGCCCUGGCAGAUGAGGCCAAUAUGAGGGCUAGGGCUAGGGCCAGUGCUAGGGCCGGCAUCCGCCCCUGGUAAGGGCUAGUGGAAAGGUGGCCAGCAGGGUCCCCAUAGGUAUGGAAGCUGCUGUCUGAGUUAUAAGUAGUAUAGGUGGGGGGAGGGUCGUUCUUUCUGUAGACGUCUAAUUUGUGUAACUAGGAUUUAGAUUUUGUAUCUUGCUACGUUUUGUUAAAUUUAAUAUACUGUUAAGUUGGUAUUUAUAAAUGAGAUUGGUUUACUUUUUCCUGUAGGAUUUUGUUGUAGAGUUUUGCUGAUUUUGUGAAAUGGAUUGAAAAACUUGACACUCUGUGAUCUUGAAAUUAUGCAGCAUUGUAAUGCUGCAGUUUAAUGGUUUGAAGGAACUCAGCAGUAUGAUGAUCAGGUACCAGGAAAAAAAUAGCUGGUUGGUGCCUAGCUUCCCAACACUUUUUGUCUAUUGUAUAAAGAAAACAGACUGACAUGUACCUCUAUUUUCUUAGCUAUUAUAAUAUCUAGAGAAAAAUAAAAAUGCAAUAAAUUAGAAGUAUA